AUGGUCUCAUUACAAACGCAGCCGUCCGGCCUAAGCGGCCACGGCAAGCUCACCAAGUCGCGCAGUCGCAUCGUCGUCAAGCCAAUCCUCAAGAGACUGCACCACGUCCACUCACACCACUCAGAGCGCAACUCGCUGGACCUGAACCGCGGCUGGGACGACCAGCCCGUGGCCACCACGCCCGACGUGGAAUACGGCUCCUUCGACUUUGGAUCGCGCGACCUGGACGACCUGAGCACCGACCGACGAAACACGUACGGCUCAUACGCAGCUGCGCCAGCCGCCGGCGCAAAGCUCUCGCGCGACGUCAGCUUCAGCUUGGCCGCCGGCGAGCUGGGCCCCAGCUCUCCCGGCCUGGGACGGGCAAACACCUUCUCGGGCUCGCAUGCGCGCUCGACCAGCGGCGGAAACCCCAGCAAGCCCUCCAGCAACCGCGUCGGCUCCUUCGUCCACCCCUUCCAGCAGAUGCCCAGGACGUCCACGCCGCCGCUGCACUCGUACGCCAACUCGGUGUCGUCGCUCGACAACGGCCUGCCGGGCCAGCAGCGCGACCUGACCGGCGCCAUUGCCGAGAGCGACGCCGACGAGGACCGCCACGAGCUGGACGCCGACGAGCCGCUGGCUUCUCCCACCUCUCUGUCGCUCGCCCAGACCGAGCCCUUCUCGCCCACCGCCACCAAGAAGCUCUCCUAUUCAUCCAGCCUGCGCUCCAACUCGCCAAACUCCAAGCCCACGGGGCGCCCGUCGCUCUCCGGCAGCCAGCGCACCAGCUCAGAUGGCCCGUCCUCCAUGAAGAUCAGCACCACGCGCUCCAACUCGGGCCCUUCUGUGCAACGUCUCACGCAAGGCGCUGUGAAUCAGUCCGCAAACGACUCCUCCUCCGCCGCGGCCGCCGCCGCCGUGCCUCUGCUCAUCUCUACCACCCAGCAGAAGUCGGCCUCCAAUCCCAUCACCUCCACGUCGCCCAUCUCUCCCUUCCGCACUUCUCUCGACAUGAACGGCUUCCGCCUUCGCUCGCGCAGCGAGAUGGACACCGUCAGCCGCCAGGAGCAGGUCCGCGAGGCCCGUCGCAAGUUCGAGGCCAAGGAGAGGGAGAAGGAAGAAAAGUAUGCCCGCGAGCAGAUCCGCAAGCGGGAGCGCGCCGAUGCCAAGGAGGCGCAAAAGACUGAGCGCGCGCAGGCCUCGAAGCGAAAAACCAGCUUUGGACACACCAGCACGCUUUCCAGCGCCAGGAACUCGUCCAGCGUCCGCGAGAAGAACGAGUCUGAGCCCCUCAAUGGUGGUGAACCAGCCGCGGAUGAGCAUUUCCAGGCCCCAUCGCGGAGUAAGACGGCUAAACGCAGGACAAACAGCCUGUGGACGGCUUUCAUUCUCUGGCUGAGAACCCGCCUUCUUAAGCUUGCCAGGCGAUCAUAG